GCAAAAAUCCAGUUUAAUUGAAUAACACAAUUCGUGUAGUGAAGACAUAUACGGUGAACUUAUUUGACAGAAAGCAAAACAAAAAGCUUUUAAUACAAAGUAAAAUACCAUUUCAAAGUAUUAUCCUAAAGCAAAAAAACAAAGAGACAAAGAGAAGUACAUAGAGGCUAAAAGAAAGUGUUGAACUCAAAGGAAAAGCAACCGCAAUAUCUCAUUUGUAAUUUAACAAAACUGCAAAACCAAAGUCUACACAAAAUGUCUGAGGCUUAUUUUGAUGAAUACGAGCACUACAACUUCGACCACGACAAGCAUAUCUUUUCGGGCCGCAGUGGCAAGCAGCGUAGCAAGAAGGAGGCCAGCGAGCAUACAAAUCACUUUGAUCCUAACGGACAUUCACGCAAAUUAGUUACAAAAUUUAUGAAUACCAAUAACAAUCGAAAGACGUGUGCCGCCAAGAAUUGAGUGUUGGUCCAAAGUGAGGUAGAAGUAGUGCAGCAACAGCAGAAGCAGAAGCCGAAGUACAAAAGCGUUAGUGAGCAGAAAAAAGUUAAAAAAUUUAUAAAAAUUGAAAAGGAGUUAAAGCAGAAACCGAAGCAGAAAAAGAAGAAAGCGGACUUAAUUGGAACUACGUGGCGUCGUAAUAAAGCACAGUAUACACAAUAAAUAAAAAAAAAACAAAUUUUUGGGCGUUAGGGUUUAGCGAGGAGCAGGAGUAAGGAGGAGGAUCUGUGUUUAGCAGCUGAAACAGGAUAACGAGUUUUUCGUCGUUUUGGUGGUGCGCUAAGCGAAAGCUGAAAAAAAGUGUCGGUGUAUUAUUAACGGCCUGUGCUGACGGCCAACAACUUGCAGAAACUGCCAUUUCACAUACACACGUAGUAUAAUUGUGCAGCGUAUGCAAGUUGGGGCGGUUAGUCACAUACAUCUCAAGCAAAAAAAAAUAAAAGAAAAAAUUUGCAUUGCGUAUAUUAUUAGAUGUGUGAAAAUUUUGAAACACUAAUAUUUCGUACUAUUGUUAGCGCUAACAUUACUUCGUAACAUACUAUAUAGUAUAUAA